AUGCGCUGUGGGAUCACGGAGCGCAAAGUAAACGGAGUGCGGGAGGAUGCUGCCAAAAUUCAGAGCAUUGACGAUGGCUCCAGCUUCAGGCGAAGCUACACUGAGGGCGACUUAAAGCUUCCCGAUUUGGGGGGAGGAAAGGCCGUUCUCAGCAUUGUGCGGGGUGUUCAUAUUAGCGUGUGGCGGCGCGUGGAGGCCGUGGCGGGGCGCGAGGCGGUGCUGCCCUGCGAGGUGGGUAACUUCGAGGCGUCAGACAUGGUGUACGUGGUGCUGUGGUACAGGAACGGCAACAAGGAGCCCAUCUACAGCUACGACAACCGGCCGGGCCGCCUGCAGGCCGCUGAGGAGCGCCACCUGGUCAAGAGUCGCCUGUUGCAGGGCCGCGCCACCUUCCGGCCGGGCCACCUGCCAGCGCUGCACAUCAAGCCGGUGGGGAGCAGCGACCAGGCCAACUAUACCUGCAGGGUAGACUUCCGGAUAGCUACGUCGCGACGCACACACCUGAGUCUUCACGUGGUGGUGCCGCCGGAGCCGCCCGUCCUGAGGACAGGGGGUCAGCGGGCGACAGACGGGGUGCUUGGGCCGCUGCAGGAGGGCGGCGCCUGGGAGAUCACCUGCAGCGUGGCGGGCGGCGACCCUCCGCCCUUCGUCGUGUGGAGGCGGGACGGGGAGGUGAAGUCGCGGUCCCCGGCACUCACGGUCAACUGGCUUAGCAUCCUGCGGCUCACGCGGGACUACCACAACGCCAGACUCACCUGCCUCGCCUCCAACAACAUCACCAGUGCCUCCGUCACCGUCAAAUUGAACCUGCGGCCCCUGGUGACGAGGAUAGAGGCCCCGCCCAAGUGGCUUCGGGUGGGCCGCGAGUUCGAUAUCUCGUGCGUCGUGGCGGGCAGCAGACCACACCCCAACGUGACCUGGACGCUUGGCACGCUCACCAGCCUUAUACCCCUGCAAGCCGAGACGGAGCACGGGGUCAACGUGAGCACUUCCAGCAUCAGGGUGGUCGCCUCCCGUAGCCACCACGGCCAGCGCCUCACCUGCACCGCCGUCAACCCGCUCUUCCCCGGAGCCAAACUCUCCGACUCCACGCUCCUCAACGUCACCUACCCGCCCGUGGCCACGAUGGAGCUUGGUCGUGGCGUGUCCUCGAUCGUGAAGGAGGGUGAGGACGUCUACUUUAACUGUAACGUGGAUUCCAACCCGCCGACCUACAGAAUCUCGUGGUUCAGGAGGAGCCAGGCCAUCCUGCACCACCCCACGGAAGGCAUCCUGCUCAGCGGUAACAGCCUGGCUCUGCGCGGCAUCACCAGGCACCAGGCGGGGCCAUACACCUGCUCCGCCUCCAACGCCGAGGGGAACGCCCACAGUCCCCCGCUUACCCUCCACGUCAACUACGCUCCGGUUUGCGCGGCGGGCGGGGCGGCGCGGGUGCUGGCAGCAGGGCUGGGGCAGCAGGUGAACGUGACCUGCCAGGUGGAGGCGGCGCCGUCCGCGGUAAGGUACUCGUGGGUGUUCAACAACUCGCUCACCUCACACCGGCUGCCCGGCGACCAGGUCUUCAUCACGACAGACGGAAACAGCGCUGUGGGUUCAUGGCCUGCACCCUGGGACUACGGGACGCUGCAGUGCUGGGCCCAGAACAACGUGGGCAAGAUGACCCAGCCCUGCCUCUUCCACGUGGUGCCCGCAGGUCGCCCGGAGCAGCCUGCGCGAUGCCUCGUGGUGAACAAGACCUAUAACUCACUGGCGGUGGAAUGCACGCCUGGGUUUGACGGUGGCCUGCAGCAGGUCUUCAUUGCCAAGGUGUUUGAGGCGGUGACGGGCCGGGGACAGGGGAAUGUGACUUCCGAGUCCCCAACCUUCACCCUGGAGGGCCUCACACCUGGCCUUGACUACAUCAUCCAGGUGACGGCGAGGAACAACCUGGGCAGCUCCGACCCCGUGAAGCUGGAGGCGCUCACCUACAAGAUGGCCGAGAACAGGAUGAGGGACGAGCAGGGCGAUGAAGGCGGCAGCGGCGCCCCUGGCGGCGGGCUGCUGCCGGUGAGCCUGGUGGUGGCGGCCGCUGUGCUGACGGUAGCGGCGGCGGCUGGCCUUGCUGGGCGUUGCCUCUGGGUGCGGCGGCACGACAGAGCUCUGAUUACCGCUGGAAACAGGAGCACAAGAGGCUAUUCGCCGCCGCCUGAGAGGCACAGCGAGCGACUCUCAGGUGAUGACGCAACAGAUGACGACGACGUCCACUUCGAGGUUCCAACGAUCAGGCUUGAGGCGCACCGCGAAUCCAGAAAGCGCGUUAUGGAGCACGCCCUCUAACGCCCCGCCCGCCAGCAGCGCAGCGCCUCAGCCAUCACAGCUCAGCCCAUGUUCACCGUUUGAUCCCGAGACCCCUUAACCUUGUAUCUCCACUACCUUCAACCCUUUAACCUUCCUUUUUUUCAUUCCCGACGCGCAGCAACCCAGCUCAGCUCAUCCCUUAACCCCUUCGAUUCAGAGACUGCUUGGCGCCCCUCCUCCAGCACUGCCAUCCCUUUAACUCAUCCUCCUCCUUUUCUUACCGGUGUACAGUAACCCGGUUCACCUCAGGCCAUGUUUACCCUCUGACCACAUGACCUUAUGACCCCCAUACACUCACUACCGUCCCGUCUGCCACCCUCCCUCCGUCUCUCACUACUUUCUUCUUUCCCUCACUCACUCUGUUUUCGGUUUGCAGUAAACGCAUCCUUUUGGUUCUCACGUAACAGUCGCGGUGCUAUGUAGAUAUCCGGGGACCCACUACGGGCUUGUUAUAAAGUCCAGCCGCAAUGCUCAUUGCUCACCUCCGUCAAUAAGGUCUCUAUUUGCCUGUGGCUGGCAAUGCUGUUUCCUAUCCAGGAUGUUUAGAGAGCAAUAAGAGUACGUCAUCAUUUUCACACCAGCAACCUCUACUAAGUGCAUCCAGAGGCACUCAUAUAUGGAAUAGUGCGAUGAGCAGCUACACUCAGGGUUCGAACCGCGGUUCAGAAGCCAAAAACACUAAACAGUAGACCAGCGCGACACCAGGGUAUUAGUACAUGCGAUGGGGUCAACAUUUCUCGCCAUGGUUCAACUUCAAAGUACCAGUCAGCAGCCAGUUGAUUUAUUAGUCAGCCAAUCAGUCAAUCAAUAUCCACAGCUGAGCGCCUUACACAGAGCUGACUGAGUUCCCGCGCCGUGCUACGUCAGGCCCGGCUGCUUCCCUCCGACAGUGUUGUGUUCUCCUCUGCCCGACGAACCACCGGGCAGCUGUUCCGAACUUUUGUAAUGACCCGCUACAAUCCUG